ACUGGACUCUCCACACAAACAUAAACAAACCAUCUACUUCAACAAAAACAUCAUCAUAAGCAAAAUAUAAUAAUAAUAAAAAUAAAAAAAAAAUAAUAAUAAAAACACACACAGAGAGUGACAAGAGAGUGAGAGAGAGCGAGACAGGUGAGGAGAGUAUUAAAAAUAAAGAAAAAAAAAAAAUAAAAAAAAGAGAAAGAGAGUAAGACAAAGAUUACCAAAAUCCUGCGCACAAGUUACAGCAGCAGUCAGCACUAGGUUGAAUUAAAAUACAUAUGUAUAUUAUCUCGUUGAGCUAAAAAAUAUAACACAAAAUAAUAAAUAUAACAAAAAGAAAAAAAAAAAAAAAAGUUUAGCAAUGAUAUACAUUUAAAAAAAAUAAAAGAAAAUAAACAAUAAAAAAAGAAUAAAGAAAGGGAUAGGUAUAUAUUAUUUAUCUCUGUGUGUGUGUGUAUAUAUAUUAAAGAGGGUGUACAGUUUAGGGGGAGAGAAGGGGGGUAUUGCAAAUGACAAUGAUGGCCGCCACCAGCGAGGAACGGAGUGUUAUGGAGCCAGUUAAAUUAAAUUCUGUUGAUAAUCAAUCAUUUGACAGACUCAAGAUGUUAUAUCCAAUGGUUAACGAAGAAGAAACACCAUUACCAAAAUCAUGGAGUCCAAAAGACAAGUACAAUUAUAUUGGAUUAUCACAAAAUAAUCUUCGUGUACAUUAUAAAGGAUAUGGUAAAACACACAAGGAUGCUGCAAGUGUACGUACAACUCAUUCAAUACCAGCAUCAUGUGGAUUGUAUUAUUUUGAAGUUAAAAUUGUUAGUAAAGGACGUGAUGGUUAUAUGGGUAUUGGUUUAUCAGCACAUGGUGUUAAUGUAAAUAGAUUACCAGGAUGGGAUAAACAUUCAUAUGGCUAUCAUGGUGAUGAUGGACAUAGUUUUUGUUCAUCUGGUACUGGUCAACCAUAUGGACCAACAUUUACAACUGGUGAUGUUAUUGGUUGUGGUGUUAAUCUUGUUGAUAAUACUGCAUUUUAUACUAAAAAUGGACAUCAUCUUGGAAUUGCAUUCACUGAUUUACCGGCAAAUUUAUUUCCAACUGUUGGAUUACAAACACCAGGUGAAGUUGUUGAUGCAAAUUUUGGACAAACACCAUUUGUAUUUGAUAUUGGUGAUAUGAUAAAUGAACUUCGUGUACGUACAAGAUUACAAAUAAUUAAUUAUCCAACACCAGAUUAUGGUCAAGGCCAGUGGCAGGCCAUCCUUCAAAAAAUGGUAUCAACUUAUCUUGUUCAUCAUGGCUACUGUGACACUGCUGAGGCAUUUGCAACAAGUACUGGACAACCAUUUGAAGAAGAUUUUAAUUCAAUUAAAAAUAGACAAAGAAUAUUAAAGCUUGUAUUAUCAGGUAGAAUGGGAGAAGCAAUAGAUUUAACUAGUAGAUUAUAUCCAGGACUACUUGAGCAUGAUCCAAAUUUAAUGUUUGCAUUAAAAUGUCGUCAAUUUGUUGAAAUGGUUAAUGGUAGUGAUUCUGAAGUAUCACAAUAUAAUAAUGAUAAUCAAACAAGUGUUAUACAAUCAACUAAAACAUAUACUAAAACAACCACAACAACGACAACAACAUCAACAACAAAUGGUAAUAAUAAUGAUGAUAAUAAUAUUAAUAAUAAUAAUACUGUUAAUGGAACAAGUGGUGGUGGUGAUCAACAACAACAACAACAACCACAAUUUAUAAAUGGACAAAAUGAUGAUGUUGAUAUGGAAGAUAAUACAACAAGUACAAAUGGUAUUAAAAAUACAAAUGGUUAUCAAAAUGGUAAUCAAAAUGCAAAUGGUUUCAAGUGUCAAAAUGGUGAAGAUGUUGAUAUGGAAGUAGAUAGUGUCAAUCAAAAUCAACAACAACAAAAUAAUAAUAAUAAUAACAAUAAUAAUAACAACAAUAAUAAUAAUAACAGUGAAACAACGACAAAAUGUAUAAAAAAACAAUUAUGUGGUGGUAAUAAACAAGCUAUUGAAAAAAUGCUUGAUUUUGGACGUGAAUUAUAUUCACAAUCAAUACGUCUUAGACAACAAUAUGGUAAAAAUGAAGCUAAUAAAAAAAUGUUACAAGAUGCAUUUAGUUUAUUAGCAUAUUCAAAUCCAUGGAUAUCACCAGUUGGUUGGCAACUUGAUUCACAAGAACGUGAAACUGUAUGUACACGACUCAACUCAGCAAUACUUGAAUCAAUUAAUUUACCAAGAAGACCACCAAUGGAUGUUGCAAUAUCUCAUGCACGUGAAUUGGUACGUUUAAUGUCAAGUGCUGGUUUAGGUGCAUGUGGUUUUGCUGUUGUUGAUAAUAUUGUUCAAUAUUGACGAUGUGUACCACUGCUGCCACGACCGCCCUUACAACCUGCCCGAGUAUGGAGGAUUUUUUAGAAUGCGGUGAAUAAAUGUGGAGCAGAUAAUUGAUUGUUGAUACAGCAAUUUGUGGGUAUGUAACGUGUGUAUGUGCGUGUGUGCCUCAUUCAUCAACAAUAUAAAUAAGAUAAAUAAUUAUUUUAAAAAUAAAUCACAAAGCCCAAAAUAACACACAAUAAUUUUUAAUUAAUAAGAAUUGUUUUUUGAUUUAUUUUAUUAUUUCUUUUUUUUUUUUUUUGUCAGUGAUAUUAUUACUUGAAACGAUCUUACACCAUCGUGGGCACGAAAUAUAAAUGUAAAGAAAAAAAAAAUAAUUGAAAUAGAAUGUUUAUGAAAGAAAUAAAUAAAUUGAAAAAUACGGGAAAAUAAUUUGUGUUUUAAAGAAAAUAAUAAACAAAUAUAUAUAUAUUUAUGGUGAACGCUUCAGCCUGCCAACCAAAAUGACACUUAAUGUUUCCGUAGAUUAAAUAAAUUUAAAAAACAAAUUGAAAAAUCAUGAAUAUUAAAUUCAAAUUUAUUAAUUAUUUGGCUGAGGAUGUAAUGUUGCCUCAUGCUCAAUUUAUAUAAAAGAAAAAAAAGCUAAAAAAAUAAUUAAAAUUCAAUUGUAAACAUGUUAUUCAUUUUUAAAAAUCCAAAGAUUCAAAAAUACAAAAUUUUCGUUAUUUUCAUACUGAAGAAUCAUUGAUAAUGCAAAUUAAAAUUAUCGUCAAAUUAAUGUUAAAAUAUCAAUUGGUUUUCAAUUUUUUAAUUUGUAAUUAAUGCGGGUUAACGAGGCAACAAGUAAAAAAAAAUUUUAAUCGAUCAGAUAGUCAAACCAUUUCUAAUAAAAAAUUACAAGAUAAUAAAUGAAUUUAAAACAACAAAAAAAAAAUAAUAAAAACUAACUAAGGAUUGAUCUUGUACUCUAUAAUAAAUAAUUGUUUUUUUAUAUGCAAAAUAGUAUAUUAUUAUAUUAAAUAUUAUUAAAAAAAAAAAAUUAAACAAAUUGAAAUUAUAUGCAGCUAAAAAAUUAGCAUGCAUCUAAAUCAAUUUACAUAUAUAUAUUAAAAAAAAAAAUAAAUAAAACAUUAAUAAUAAUAAAAUUAUAUAGGUUUACUUGAAUUAAUUAAUUAUUAAAUAAAUGAAUAAUAAAAGAAAUUAAAUUUAUUAGUAUUUUAUCUAUGUUACAUAGAUACGUUUUUUUUUUUUUUUUUUUAUUUUUAUUUUAUUCGCUGAGAGAUGACAAAACUCAAUUGUGUUUUUAUUUUUAAUUCAAAAUUAUCAAUGAUUCUCGUCAUUGAUAUUAAUUAUCAAUCUACAAAAUAUUUACUAUUUUUUUUUUAUGUUUAAUACAGUCAUCCAGGCAAAAUUAUAAAUAAAUAAAAAUAACAAUUGCUAAUUAGACUCCUGACGCUCAUCCGCGAGUCUCGUGAUAUAUAAAAAAAAAAAAAAUAAAUGAAUAAAAUUUAAUAAUAAUAAAUGAAAAUACAUUUUAAACAAAAAUUAAUAAGUUGACUGCCUUUUUGUGGAUCGACGUUUAAACUGAACUUGAUCCACUUCCAAAUAAAACACACCAUAAUUAAUAAUCGUAUUAUUGUCUCACGUUAUCAUAAAAUACUUAAUCUGUAAAUUAUUAUUUUUUUUUUAAUUUGGCAAUAUUAGCUGUUUAAUUUCUAGAAUAUAAUAAUUUUUAAUUUUUUUUUUUUUCGUUGUAUUUUAUUUUUAAGAUAUUACAUUUUUGUAAUUAAUUUAUAAUUUUUUUUUCUUUUUCGAUAACGGUUAUGCGGCAAAUCAAAAAUAAUAACAGUAAUAAAAUAUAAAUAAUAAGAUUUGUGGUUUUUUUUUAUAUAGAAAUUCAGUUGAGAAAAAAAAUAAUUAUGAUAGGUAAAUUUAUAGUGGCAUAAGUGAUAAUUUUUUGAAUAAUAAAAAUAAAUAAAAAAAAAUGUGUUUUAAAUAAAUUGCAUGUAUGUUGAAUAAUUAAAAAUGACCAUUGUUGAUAAAUUCAUUUUAUAAUAUACUCAAUGCUUGAUAUGAGUGUGCUGAUAGUUAUUAAAUAAUAAAAAUAAUUCGUAAUAUUUAAAUUAUUCGACUGGUCGAGCAUUCGGUAUUUGCCAGCUUCAUUUUGGCUCCAGUAACUACCAUUGAGUAUUUAAAAUAUUUAAUAAAAAAUAAGGAGGAUUUUCAUGUUUAAUUUGUGAUCAAACAAUUAGCAAUAUAAUAUUAGUAAAUUCAUGGAACAAGUAUUUUAUUAUCAAACAAAGAAACCACAAAAAAAAAAAAUAUCACAAAUUUAGAAAUUUAAAUAUUCUGAUUAAAAAAUACAAAAUAAUAUAAGCAUUAAAUAAAUUUAAAAAACAAAAUUAAUUAAUUAAUAUAUAUUUCUUCAAUAAAUGUACGUUUAGCAUGUCGACUAUCAAUAGAAAAUAGUUUGUAGCGAAAGAAAAAAAAUACUAACCAAAAUUUUGAUGAUAAAAAAUUUUUAAAAAUAAAUAAAACUGUAUUUUUGUACAUUUUGAAAAACAACAACAGCAUUGAUCACACAUAAUUCAGAUAAAAAUAAUAGUUAGUAUUCAAAAUUACCGGAUGAACGACCACUAAAAAAAAAUAUAAACAAAAAUAAAAAAAAUAUGUUAAUAAUAAUUUUAUGAAACAAAUAACAAGCUCCAAUUUUUCUAUAAAAAAAUUUAUUUUAAAAUAUAAUAAUGAGUUUGGACCAAUGGCCGCAUCCGUUCAUCCGUAAAUUCAAACAAUUAGAUAUUUCAAUUUCAUUAUAAAAUUUAUAAAUAACAAUAAUUAAUAUAUCAAUUAGAUUUUUUUUUAUGUAAAUAACGUGAGGCAUAUACGAGUAUUUAAAAAAAAAAAAAGUUAAUGAAACAUAAGCAAGUAUUGUGAAUUAAUGUGUAGGUGAAAAAAAAAAACAUCGAUUAGGAAUUUUAAAAUUUCAAUGUAAUUAUUACGAUAGUUUUUAUUAUACGUGCUUAUCGUAGAUGGUGUGUGGUUAAAACGUGAUAACAAGGUAAACACAUUUAACGUGUGAUUACCAAAAGAAAAAAAAAAAAAAAUGUGUUAAAAUAUA